UAUUUGUAUUUUUCAAUAUUGCAAUUAAAAUCAUCCCAAUAUUACUCCAUGUUACAAAAAUUCAUUCAAUUUUCAAUCUUUAUUUUUCCUAAAGUUGGAUUGGACAAAUUUCGCCCCAUGAGAGCUCUCUCCCCCCUCCAUUCAUUCCUCUUGAUACUAAAGAUAGACAACUCAAGGCCAAGCCUGUUUAGGUUUGAUUUCCGGUUUUGAUUUACUCGACUGCUAGAGUUGAUUCAUAAUGCAACAGUGAGGGACGGUACCUCAUCAUCUUACCGUGAAGUUUGUCUCGGGACUUCUUCGAUGUAAAUCUAAAUGCAUUACUGAUCAUCUUCUGGGUGCACCCAUGAUGGAAGAGCCCGAGUGUGUGGAGGCGUCCCUGCGGGACAGCGAGAACAAGCCAAUCCCCAUCCAGCUCAUGCUGUUCCCCGACGCGCUGCUGGUGCAGAAGCAGGAGUGGGUCAGUGUACAGCUGGACGAGGAGGAUGAGGUGUUUCUCAACAUGGUGAGAGAGGUGGAGGUGAGCAGAGAGCCAGGGGCUGGCUUUGGCCUAUGUGUGAAGGGGGGCGCGGAGCACCGACUGCCCGUCCUCAUCUCCAGGAUGGUCAAGAACGAAGCGGCAGACCGCAGCGGACAGCUCCUGGUGGGGGAUGCUAUCCUCAGGGUGAACGGUGUGAACGUAGAGAGCUGCACCCACGACGAGGUUGUCUCCCUGCUCAAGGACGUAGUGGAGGACUCAGUGUGUUUGUCGGUGCGCCACUUCAGGCCGGCCUCCUACUUCCUCAACAAAGGAAAUGAGGGCCGAGAUGGUGCAGGAUGUUCAAAGCAGGACAACACCCCCCUGGCCAGCCUUCCCCGGCUAGAGAAAGAGUGGAUGACCGCACUGACCAUCCCGCUCUUGUAUGCCCGGGUCUCGCUCUACGUCUGUGGCACUGACAAGCUCAGAGACAACUCAUUCGAUGUCGUGGGGGUGGAUGGCUCAAAGUCGGGUCCAGUUUUUUUUGCCAACAAAACGUCGUUGGACGAGUGGCACCUGAAGAUCACGACAAAGACACAGGGGCUGUUGACACAGAUGAUUGGCAUGACCAAUCAACUGAUGACCAAAGAGGAUCAUAUACAGCUGAUGUGUUGGGCCCACGAGCGUGCGUCGGGCACCCAGCACUGGCAGACGUGGAAGGAGAAGUUUGUGGCUCUCAAAGCGGCGGACAUCUACCUGUUUGACGUCCCUCCGAUGCACGCCAGCGACUGGUCCAAGUGUGAGAUGAAGUACAAAGUCUACGAAUGUAUGCUCAAGUUGCUCCAGGACAAGGAGCUCCCGGACAACCGGCAGCACUGCUGCACAAUACAGACGGGGUCAAAGGCCACCAUCUGUCUGAGCGUGGACAGCCGGGCGGAGCUACUCACCCUGGAGCAGGCCUGGUACAGGACCAGCAACCUGGCCGUCAAACGUCUGGUGAGCAAGACAUUUGGCUGCACGUGGCAGGAUCACCUGUCUGGCCUCAUCAUUGACCUGGAGCAAGGCUUCUCUCUCUACGACCACCAGACCAAGAGUAUUCUGUGGACGUACCGUUUUGCCCAGCUGAAAAGUUCCUCGGAUGACAACCGAUCGAAGCUGACCUUGAACUUCAUGAACGACACGUCAAAGGAGAUGGAGAAACAGAUCAUCGAGUGCUCGGAUCUACAGACUCUGAUCUACUGCAUCCACUCGUUCUUGUCCGCCAAACUGUCCACGGUAGACCCAACCUUCUUAGGAAAUCACUGAGGCCAGGACUACGGACUACACCUUCAUCGCCUUGAUGACUACUUCAUCUCUCCUGGCCACAACUUUCUUAGGAAAUCACUGUAGCCAGGACUACACCUUCAUCCGCAUCUGUCCUGACCACAUAUAUCAUCACUUCUUAGGAAAUCACUGAGGCCAGGACUACAACUUCAUCACUUGUGGCCACAACUUCAUCCCUCUGGACACAUUUUCUGAAUCGGUCACCCAUUCCGUUAGUGUGUUGUUUCAACCUACUCGCGUGCUAGACUCAGUAUUUCUGACCUUUGACCGGCAUACUUUUCCCAGUAUUUCCUGUAGGUGUUUGACCCAUAUAUUUAUCCCAGUAUUUCUUCCCCUUUCUCCUACAUAUCUAGACCACUUUCUCUAUAGUUUGUAGUGUAUAUUUGACCCAGUUUCCCCCCAAUAGUUUACCCACCUAUUUAACUUGACUUCCCUGUUCGUGUUACAUUUUUACCCAGUUUUUCCCGUAUCAUCAGGGUCAUUUCACAAACAUCUAAGUCUUUUUUAAAAUAAGUUUUGAGAAAGUUGAAAUAAAUGAGAGUGGCUGGUUCAGAGCCAUCACUGAGGCACUCGUUAUUUUCCAAGUAUAAUUAGACAGGAGAUAAGGAGACAGAAUGGAACUGUAUGGCAAGGUGUCCCGUGAUGUCUGACUUUGAACAACAGCUGUAUCUGGAAACAACCGCACACAUUGAUCUGGGUAUUUGUGGAAUGAGAGGGACGCUAUAAUGUAUCCUGUACCCGACCUACUGUCUCCGUGCCGGUUGAGAACUGACCCCGUGUCCCGUGUGUCCCAUAUUGUAGACCAGUGUUUGUGGAAUGAGGUGGACGCUAUGGUGUAUCCUGUACCCGAUCUACUUUCUCGACACUCAUUGAGGACUGACCCCGUGUCCCGCAGCAUGAACAAGUGCUUGUGUUGGAGUAGUUAAGACUCUUUACACUAGCAAGCUGAACCCGUGAGUUUGAUUACUUGGACGGGACUUUUUUAAAAAUGGACUGUCAACGUCUGUCUGCUGGAUAUGUUUUCCCUUUUAGCCUGGGUUGGCCCUGACAGGCAAGGUCGAAGAAGCCGCCUGCUAUAUUUUCAAAUUUGAGGCGACGGAGGAGAAAGUUUUACCCUGUGUUUUUUUGUUCAUGAACUUGUCAUUUUCCUGGACUCGUCAUCUUGCUGUCAACCAUCCCGUCCGUGUAAACGUGUCUGAGGUGGGACCAACUGGUAGUUGGAUAUUGUUCCAAAUGACUAUGAGCAAGGGUGGUUGUGUAGAAGUUUGACUCCUCAACUUCCUCUCCCACCUUUGUCAAUGUUGAUGUGAGUCCUUCGCUAGUUCCCCCGUACGCCAACAGUUUCUUGUUAGUUCUUCAAGUCCUAUCAGUACCACCCCCACCCCACCCCACUCCACCAUUUGACUCAUAGCUAGAUCUGUUUGUAGAUCUUCUGUUUUGGUAAUGCUGUUCACAUUAUAAUGAACAAUGACAUGGUUGUUUCAUUGAUAAGGGUGAGGUUGAGGGGGGUGGGGGGGGUGAUGGUGGUAACUGAAGUGGUAUUAUGCAAAGUGUACUGACAAAAUAAGUUACUUCUCAAAUGUUAGCCCUAUGGACCGAGAUAUGCCAAAUUUAUAGGUUGAGUUUGUACAAUAUAUUUGUAUGAAAUGAUAAAAAAAAGACAUCCUGUUAAACUUGAAGAAAAUGGCCUCAGUUAAAAAUCUAAAAAUUUGACCCCUGUGUCGAUUUCCGAACAAUAUGUCCAAUGGUGGUGUGCGAGCAGUAGCUCAUUUUGUUGCCGCUCCUUACAGUUAACAAUGGCAAGGUUGUUUUUUUAUAGGGCAGACUUGGUAGCUGAAGUGAUAUCUUGUUCUGCUUCUACAGUCCAUCGUAGCUGAAGUGAUGUAUAUGUUCUGCUUCUACAGUCCAUCGUAGCUGAAGUGAUGUAUAUGUUCUGCUUCUACAGUCCAUCGUAGCUGAAGUGAUAUCUUGUUCUGCUUCUACAGUCCAUCGUAGCUGAAGUGAUGUAUAUGUUAUUCUUCUUCUGUUGCCCUUGGGUGCUAGCAUCCUUCUCUAGUCCAGUUUCGAAACGUGACCAACAACAGGGCCAAAGACAGAAGUGAUGUUUGGAUGUGAAGACGAAGUAAUGGUCACAGUGGACACAUGGCACAGGGGGAGAAAUGUUGUUGUUAUACAAGGGAACGUCAGAGUCAUGGAAUAGAUCUGUGUUUUCUUGCAGGCUGGUUCAUGAGUCAUGUGGAAACUGCGGUGAUGAAUGACUGGGUGUUGUUGUGUCUUUUGCUGUAUACACAAAGGUGGCGUCCAGUAACUCAUCUUUUUUCUCCCUCUGUCUGUGUCUGUCUUUUCUACUCUUUGUUCUUUUCCUCCCUGGGUGGUACAGCUCAUCGUCACUUCAGGGCGGAUAAACUGUUGUUGUUGUUAUUGUUAAUAUUAUUCAUUCUAAUGACUCUUUGUUUAGUAAGCUAUCAGUCACAUUGAAAUUGUUGGACUCUCUCUCUGUUUUCUCAGUGAUACGACAAAUUGUGAAGCUUCUCCUGUGAUGUCCCUGAAGGAAAAAUUGCUAUAUGUUGCUGCCUCUUUUCUUUAUAGCUAGCUGUCCCUCAUUUUUUUCUUCUUUGUCGUUAUAAAAGGAAAAAACAAUUAUUGAUUAUCUGGAAUGCUCCCUUUUCAGAUCGGAAAAAAAUUUCUGGAGUUGUACCGACUUAAUCUUAAUACGAGCAGCGCUUCGGUAACACAAGUCAUCAAGUUUUGUGAGCCUCAAGAUAGUGAAACUGGAGAGAGAAACACGAGAAUGCUUGUGUGUGAUUGCAGACUGGAGAGAGGCAUGGCCUGUGAACUGUUGGCCUACAUUUAUUGUGUCUGCAGGGAAGUGUGUACAGGCUUAAAACUCUUUAAACCCAGAGUUUUUUCCACCGUUUCCCGGAGUUUUUUUCUACUGUCACCUAAACCUGGUGCACUAUGUCUCAUUAUAACCUCAAAAGCUUGCCUCCAACCUCUAAAUUUCGGAAACGAAAGCUUAACUAAAAUACUUGGAUUGAGAAUAGUUCCAAGAAACAAGAAGAAACUAUCACUAAAAGAAAUGAAACAGUUGUCUCUAGUAUUGGACGCUCCCAGCGUCUGAUGGGGAACAGGGUUAUUACCGCCAGACAUUCCCAGCCUGCAAUGGGGUUCAAAGAGUUCCACUGGAGUCUGCCAUGCUUUCUGGGUUCCUCUCACAGGAAUAGUGGAAGUGAUAUCCUGCAACAUUUAUGCAGAAUGUAUAUCUAGAGCACAGGUGUCCACCUCAAGGCCCGCGGGCCACAUCCAGCCUGGCCAACAGUUGUAUCCGGCCCGCGAGAGGACUGUAGGAACAGUGCAGCCUCUCUAGAACCACAUCGUCGGGACCA